AUAGAUGCUCCUGUUUCUGAACUUCAUGACUUAUUCUGUAAGAAGUUGCAGCAAUGUUCAGUUAUCUUCCAUUUUAUGGACUGUGUGGCCGACCUGAAGGGAAAAGAAAUCAAGAGGGCUGCACUGAAUGAGCUGGUAGAAUGUAUUGCCACAAAUAGAGGUGUCCUGAUCGAGCCUGUUUACCCAGAGGUUAUCAAAAUGAUCUCAGUGAAUAUUUUCCGCACACUACCACCCAGUGAUAAUCCGGAGUUUGACCCUGAAGAGGAUGAGCCAAACUUUGAGCCCUCUUGGCCACAUCUGCAGCUGGUAUAUGAAUUCUUCCUCCGCUUUCUGGAGAGCCAGGAUUUCCAGCCUUCACUGGCCAAGCGAUAUGUGGACCAGAAGUUUGUACUCAUGCUCCUGGAACUGUUUGAUAGUGAAGAUCCUCGUGAGAGGGAAUAUUUGAAGACAAUUCUGCACCGCGUAUAUGGAAAAUUUCUGGGACUCAGAGCUUAUAUCAGAAAACAAUGCAACAACAUUUUCCUCAGAUUUAUCUAUGAAACAGAACGGUUUAAUGGUGUAGCAGAGCUUCUGGAGAUCCUUGGCAGUAUCAUCAAUGGCUUUGCUUUACCUCUGAAAUCAGAACACAAACAGUUUCUUGUCCGUGUAUUGAUACCACUGCACUCAGCAAAAUCACUUUCUAUAUUUCACGCCCAGCUGGCUUAUUGUGCAGUUCAGUUCCUGGAGAAAGACUCCUCACUAACAGAGCAUGUAAUUCGAGGUUUGCUAAAGUAUUGGCCAAAAACCUGCACUCAAAAGGAGGUAAUGUUCCUUGGAGAGUUGGAGGAAAUUCUAGAUGUCAUUGAACCCUCCCAAUUUGUGAAAAUUCAAGAGCCACUAUUUAAACAGAUCGCUCGCUGUAUUUCCAGUCCUCACUUUCAGGUUGCAGAGCGAGCACUUUAUUUCUGGAACAAUGAGUACAUCCUGAGUCUGAUAGAGGAAAACUGUCACACCAUCCUCCCACUGAUAUUCGGCACACUCUACCAAGUCUCUAAGGAGCACUGGAACCAAACAAUUGUCUCCCUGAUUUAUAAUGUCCUGAAGACUUUUAUGGAAAUGAAUGGGAAACUCUUUGAUGAACUCACAGCAUCCUAUAAACUUGACAGGCAACAGGAGAUGAAGCGAGAAAAAGAACGCCAGGAGCUUUGGAGAAAACUAGAUGAGCUGCGUCUAAAAAAGCUCAGUGGUCUAGAAGAAGCUCAGAUGAACCAGCUUAAUUUACAGCACAGCCGAGCGAGUAAAAGUUAG